UAUACUGGCCUAGUAUAUUUGCUUCCUUUUCUCCCCUAUUCUGGUAUCUGUAGAGUACAUACUCGCCAUCUUGUUUGAAUUCCGUAAUCCGUUGCUUUCUUUCUCUCACUUCCAACUAAACGCUCUUUCUUACUCCGUCCAACUAGGGAAAUUUCCAUGAAUCAGUACCACGUUUACGAAGCUAUCGGCCAUGGAAAACACUCGGCUGUUUACAAAGGAAGGAAGAAGAAGACGAUCGAGUAUUUUGCUAUUAAGAGCGUUGAUAAAUCCCAAAAGAGCAAGGUUCUUCAAGAAGUCAGGAUUUUACAUGCUCUAAAUCACCCAAAUGUGCUGAAAUUUUACUCAUGGUACGAAACUUCAGCUCACUUGUGGUUGGUGCUGGAAUAUUGUGUUGGAGGAGACCUUAUGAGCUUAUUGCGACAGGAUGAGCAUCUUCCAGAAGACUCCAUACAUGAUCUAGCCAGUGACAUUGUCAAAGCUUUGCUUUUCUUACAUUCAAAAGGAAUUAUUUACUGUGAUUUGAAACCAUCCAACAUUCUUUUAGAUGAGAAUGGACAGACAAAGCUCUGUGAUUUUGGAUUGGCCAGGAAGUUGAGCGAUAUAUCAAAAACCCCUUCAUCUUUGCUGCCACAAGCGAAGCGUGGAACACCUUUUUACAUGGCCCCAGAGCUUUUCCAAGAUGGUGGGGUGCACUCUUACGCAUCUGAUCUUUGGGCUCUUGGUUGUGUCUUAUAUGAAUGCUACACAGGAAGGCCUCCUUUUGUAGGAAGAGAAUUUACCCAGCUAGCAAAAUCUAUAAUUUCAGAUUCAGUUCCUCCUCUUCCAGGCAAUCCUACCCGCCCUUUUGUCAAUCUGGUGAAUUCUCUAUUGGUGAAAGACCCAGCUGAAAGAAUACAGUGGACGGAGCUUUGUGAACAUGCAUUCUGGACAACAAAAUUUACCCUGGUUUCUUUGCCUCCUCAGGAAGUAUAUGAUAACAUGAUUGAAGUUUUACAUAGACCAUAUCUUGCUGAACGUAAUGGUGAAAGACACUCCCGUGGUAAAACUCCCCCGAAAUCGUGUGAGAAAGAAAUCAAAGGACACUCCAAACAAGAUGAGAAUGGUAAUGUAGGGUCUAGAGGCAUUGGAACACCUGUAAAAGGUACCACCAGUGGCCGAAAAACUCAAAUGAAAUGUGGAAGAGUUGUGGAUGAUAAGCAGGCCAAUCCUUCAAGUACAAGGGGGGUGAAUAUCCUCCGCCUCUCGAGAAUAGCCAAAUCAAAUCUACAAAAGGAGAAUGAAAAGGAAAACUAUCGUAGACCUUUGGCUAAUAAUCAGCAGAAUGAUGCUGAGAUUAAAAUAGAGCACACUGAUAUGGAACUUGACUUUAACGAGGAUGACAGUGAUGACACUCAAGGUGAGCCUGAUGCAUCUGAUAACUUUUCUUCAACUCCUGAAGGAAACAAUUCAACUUCAGAUCAGAACCAGGGAGAUAUUGAUGAGGAGUCUGAGUGCCAGUCUGAUACACCUGAUGUCAGCAAGGAUAUCAGAACAAUUGAGGAACCAUCUUCAGAUCACACCGUCUUGAAUUCACCACCCAGUGCGAGCCCUCAAUCUAAGAAUCCAAGGGGUAAGGUAGCUCUGGUGUCUCCAAUGGAAUCUGAAUCAGCAAAAGCUUCAAACGAGCUUUGUGAUGUCUUUUGGCAUCCAUCUGAUCUGUCAGUCAGACCUGUCAUGCCCAGUAGAAAAGCCGUCAAAGUAUCUGAAGCAGUUCCUUCUCUUCCUUUCAAUGCAUUGCCAGCUUCUGAAUUUGAGAAGAUAUCUAAAGAUCAAUUUGAUGCUUUUAGCAAUAAGAUUGUAAGCAUUUUGAGUGGUAAUGCUAAUAUUGGUGAGAAGCAGAAUACAAUCCGGUAUCCCUUGAGACUUUGAGCAGCAAUGUUGAAGUUGCAAACAUGAUUACAAAUGGACCUAUAAUGCUGAUACUCAUUAAACUCCUUCGGCAGUCCAAGGCUUCAGCUUUCAGAAUUCAGCUUGUUUCACUGAUUGGGUUGUUGAUUCGGCAUUCUACUGACA